CCUCAGGCGCAUCGAGACGCGCAGAAGAGCCGCAGUCCAGGAUCCAUAUGGCGCUAUCCAAUGUCCUCCAAGCUCCUGCAGCGGGGUUUAACUUCGACCACGCAGCCAGGAAUGCUGAGUUCGAGGCUCUGUUUGAUGGACAGGUACCUAAACCUGUGAAAACAGGCACCACCAUCGCGGGAGUGGUGUUCAAGGAUGGAGUGGUUCUGGGAGCAGACACAAGAGCCACAUCCAGUGAAGUAGUGGCUGACAAGAUGUGCACCAAGAUCCAUUACAUUGCUCCAAAUAUAUAGUAAGUCUUGUACACGCACACUGAAAGACAACCAGAGAUCCACCUUUAAAAUACUCUCACUGUCAUCAGGCUGAAACGUAUGUUCCUUCUUGUGGUCGUGGUUCCAUAAAGUGUCUCCUUUACUUGUGAUUUCCUACAUAUUCCACAAUGCCUUACAGAGCCCUCAGAUAAGCACUAAGGUUUUUGUGCUCGCAGUGCAUUCUGGGUUAUUGAGGCUACUGCAGAAGAUGGAAUAAGUCGCUGUGACUUUUGGGGUAUAAUGGAUUUCUAUGACUGUUGAAGUAAAACUGAAAAGAUGCUGAAGUUCCUCUUCUCUCUCUUUCCCAAUUCCCUGUAGCCUUUUUCAUAUUUUCCCUCAACUCUAGUGCAGGACACCGAUUAGGAUUAGUGCAGGAAAUAAGCUCUGUGGAAAAAAAGGGAUUAUGAUACAUUUUGUUCAGCAAGAUAAUUCUCACAAAGACCACUUUUAUGAUUUGUGACAUCGCACAGACUCAGCCUCACCCGGCUAACGUUAGCUAGCCAGCAGUCUCACACAGA